GUUGGCUUUUUUUUUACCCAAUAAACGGCACGUCGUCUCUGGUCCUUUCCUUUGCCUAUACGCACGAGACUGUACCGCAAACUUCCGAGCACAAGCGAGCCUUUGCUGUAACAGUUGGCUGCCGCAACAAUGGCCGCCUCGAAAAUGGUAAUAGCCUCUCUAACCCACUGCCGUCCUCUAACAUGCGCCGCUACGGCUACUGCUUCUUAUCCUGCGCGCUUAGUCCCUCAUCCACCAGAGCUCAUCAAAUGGGUCCGUCGUGAAGGUGGAUUCGUGCACCAGGCGGUGAAGAUAUCGCAAGAUGGAACUAACAGUUUUGGUUUGAUUGCAUCUCAAGCAAUUCCAAAGGGGUCUGAGCUUAUUGUAUUGCCUGAUCAUAUACCAUUGAAAUUUGGGCCUCUUGAUUUCGAGGUUGCAGAUGGGGCUACUUCUGCGCUGGUUAAUUUGGCUCAAAAAGUCCCUGAGGAACUCUGGGCAAUGAAAUUGGGUCUCAAGCUUCUGCAAGAAAGAGCAAAGAUUGGUUCGUUUUGGUGGCCAUACAUCAGCAAUCUCCCUGAAACAUACAGCGUACCGAUCUUUUUUCCUGGAGAGGAUAUAAAGAACUUGCAGUAUGCUCCUCUUCUUCACCAGGUAAAUAAAAGAUGCCGGUUUCUUCUUGAUUUUGAGAAAGAAGUCAGGCUUACUCUUGAAAAUCUGAAACCAAAUGAUCACCCUUAUGGUGGCCAGCAUGUGGAUGCAUCCUCACUUGGAUGGGCAAUGUCUGCAGUCUCAUCUAGGGCAUUCCGUUUGUUUGGAAAAAAGCUUCCAGAUGGAACCCAUAUUGAUGUUCCCAUGAUGCUUCCUCUCAUUGACAUGUGCAACCAUAGUUUCAAUCCAAAUGCAAAAAUUUUGCAAGAACAAGAUCCAGGGAAUGCUAAAAUGCUUAUAAAGGUUGUGACGGAAGAACCAAUUAAAGAAGAAGAUCAUUUACUACUUAAUUAUGGAUGUUUAAACAAUGAUCUUUUAUUAUUGGAUUAUGGAUUUGUGAUACCUUCAAAUCCUUAUGACUGCAUUGAGCUCAAAUAUGACGGUGCUCUUCUAGAUGCUGCAAGUAUGGCCGCUGGAGUAGCUUCACCUAACUUCUCUUCAGCAGCUCCAUGGCAACAACAGAUCCUAUCGCAGCUAAACUUAGACAGAGAAAAUUCUACCCUUAAGGUAACAAUAGGAGGUGAAGAACUGAUAGAGGGACGCCUAUUGGCAGCUCUAAGAGUACUGCUCACAACUGACAAGGAAGCAGUGCAAAAGCAUGAUUUGGACACACUAAAAUCCUUAUCAGCCAAUGCUCCUCUAGGAAUUGCAAAUGAAAUAGCUGCAUUUCGUACCAUUAUUGCACUUUGUGUGAUUGCAUUGGAACACUUCCCUACCAAAAUAAUGGAUGAUGAGUCUCUAUUGAAACAGGGUGUUUCAGCUUCAACUGAAUUGGCCAUCCAAUUCAGAAUCCAGAAGAAAUCUGUAAUUAUAGAUACAAUGAGAGAUCUCACCAGGAGGGUAAAGUCACUGCUUUCGAAGAACACGACCACAGCUCAAACUCAAGGUUGAGUUUGAUGGUGGGGAUGUCCUUUACACUAUGAUUUGUUUCACUCUUGUUGGUUUUAUGGUUCCAAUAUUGUCAUGUCUGUUGCCAUUGCUACCCUUCACUUAGAAAAUUUUGAAUGGUCAGAUACUUCUAGUGUUAGCCAAAUUGAUAUGAGAAUUUCAUAAUAGUGAUCUUGUUGAAACACAAAUGAAGGCAUCAAUCUGCAUGCCGUUCUGCUGAUAUAUUGUGUAGCAAUUUUUGUUUCUUUUGUUAAGCAUUAUAUUUAUUUA